AUGCGUCUUUCAGGCUUGCAGAAGGAGGUCCUGGCCCUCUACCGCCACUGCCUCCGCGAGAGCCGUAAGAAACCGCUGGCCAGCAGACCGCAUUUUGAGAACUUUGCCAGGGCAGAGUUUGUCCGGAAUCUGAGCAUCGACAAGCGCGACUUUGCUGCCAUUGAGUUCCUCCUUCGCAAGGGCCGUCGACAGCUGGAGGUUUACUCAUCCCCGGGCAUCAAAGACAUUACACCGUAA